AUGGGAGAUGAUGAACAGACAGAAUUGGAGGAGUUUUUGCUUUUGCUAGCCGCGGGAGGCUUCAAGGCCGUCGUCGGCGCCGGCGGCGUGUCCGCGCCCCGCAUCGUCAGGGCGCCCUGCCUGUCGGAGGAGAGGGUCGUGGCCGCGGCGGGGGGCCAGAUGCACUCGUCUUGCGUGUGCGCGUCGGGCAAGGUGUUUACCUGGGGGCACGGGAGCACGGGUGCUCUCGGCCACGGCGUGGCGGAAGAUGAACCGACACCCAGGAUGGUAUCGGGCUUCGGGCGGGAUGUGGAUAGGAGUGCAACGCAGGGCACCGACGAGCAGGAUGGCCCCGACGCCGAUGUCCUCGCGACCAGCGUCGCGUGCGGGGCAUGGCACACGCUCGUCCUCACCAAGGCGGGGAAGGUCUACGCCUUCGGCGACGGUUUCACGGGCCAGCUCGGCCUCGAGGACCGCGGCGGGGAGAAGGAGAGCCGCGCGCUGAGCCCCCGGGUGGUGCGAAUCGAGAGGAACGCCGGCGGGGGAGGGGGCUCGCCGGGGGACGUGUACGUGACGGAGGUCGCGUGCGGGAGCUUUUCGAGCGCCGUGGUGUCCUCGGAGGGUAACCUUUACCACUGGGGGAAGCCCGACGCUUUCUCUGACGACGACCCAGUCACCGACAGGCGAUAUUUGCUGCCGAGGCGAGUUACCUCCGGCCGCGGCGGCGCCGCCCCGGCCUAUCGUCUCGUGGCUCAAGGGGCCUCUUUGACCCUGGGCAUAGCGGAGGGGGUCAGGACUGAUCCGAGAGGCGGCGGAGGAGACCGAAGUCGGACCGUUCUUCAUCGCUCCUGAUUUUGAUUGGUGCACAAGUAGUGCGUAAAUGAAAACCCUUUUUUUUUCUGUGUGCUGGCGCGUUGAGUUAAGUUUUGCCGGGUAUGUUUUCGCCAUGUACAUCACAUGUUGUUUGUUUUGUUUUUUUACACAUUUUACUUCGUCGGGAUUCGCAUAUUUGUGAUGUAUCUGUACUAUUCGUUAUAAAACGAUUUACCGUACCUGGUGUUAGUUCGUUUGUUGUUAAGGUCUGAUGCCGGUCCCAGAAGAGUAGCACGCCUGCUUGCGUGCGAAAGUACGUGCGUGGUGUGUGCAGUAGUGUUUCUUUUCUGCUUUGUCCCUUGGAAAAGGUAGCGUGUUCGUCCUGUCGUGUGCUCGAGGCUGAAACGGUCUAAUCUUCUUGGUUGGGGUUGGCCUCGAGAGGUACCACUGCUGUUGCACGCUUUGCAUGCGUAUUAUGCGUAUCCUGGCUGCCUAUCUUGUCUUGUCGAGCUAGGUGGGUAUUCGCGAGCUGUUGGGACCUCGGCCAACCGUUUGUUGCUAUGUGUACAGAAGUGUGGGGACCUUGUGGGGAUGGAUGUGCUGUGUUGCGAGGCUCGGGCCCACGACAGUCGCAAGGUUUUGCAUUGUCAUAGCGAGAAGAGGCGCUGCUGGAAGUGCGCGCCUUUGUAGUCAAGACGGGAGUUCUGGCAGUGCGGUUUGCGUCGACAGAACAGGCACGUGUCACGAAGGAGAGUGAGGUGUGUCGCGUAUCGUCCGUUCUUGCAUGGGAGUUAGUUGCGGACCUACAGGGGGCGACAGCCCCCCGGAAGCCACGUCUUUCCAACCUCUCUCUUGCUGCAGCGCAUUUUUGCACAGCACAUUGCCAGAUGUUUUUUGAGGGGGGAAGGGGGCACGUUGGCACACGAGCGCGAAUGAGCGAACAACGCCCACUCCGAGGGUCGUAACAAUUUCCAUUCACCGUGUGGUCGAUCGAUGUAUUCGCUGUCUGUAUCUGCUGUUUAAUACGUACAUUGCAGACCCGACGGGACUAAUAUAAAAAAAUGCACACGGAGGGUUUUGGUAGAACAGGCAGGCCUUCGGCCGGCGAGAAAAGUUUUUCAUCUCUUGAGAGCGUCUUGGCGUAAGAAGAUGCUGGCGUGAGAAAAAGUGGAUCGGCACCAGAGCAGGAGUAACCAAAACUUUGCUAGGUCAAGAAAGUGGCUAGAGGACGCACCCACUUGAGACCGCGGAGGUAUGGAUGUGUCGUUGAGAUUUUUUUUACCAGAUUGUGGUAAUUUUUCUGGGAGCGUGUGCGGCGGGUAUUUUUUUGGUUGGUGUGCGCAAGAUUCAAUUCUUGGGAUCAGAAAAGAGGCAUUGCUUCUCUCACCGUUUUCAUCUGCCUGCGGUUCCUUGAAAUUCGUUGUAGUAUUUUGUUGCGAGAGGGGAGAAAAAGCAGAGGGGCACUCCCUAUCGCUUGUUCCGUGCGUUCUGCUCGCCUUGACAUGGUGGUCGACUACUUAUUGCAUUGCAUUCGGUCUCUCGCUAGCGUAGGUUUGUAAUUUUUUGCGUUGUCCCUUGCUUGUUUAUCCGCCUCCUCGUUGAAACAAUAGCAUGUGCAUGUAUGUAUAUGAGCCUCUUGCUUCCUCAGUAACUGGGAGAAGCUACGGGAUAGCUGGGAG